AUGGCAACAUUAGAGCUUGAAUCGCUUAUUAAGGAACCCGAUGAAAAUUCAAUCGCGAAUCAUGUUGUCGAUUUUCUCAAUUCUCGCUUUAAUGAGCUGGAAGAUCUUGGGAAGUUGAAUACAGUACUGUCCGAAGUAAAAAAUAAUGAACAGAAAUUGAAUGAAAAGUCUAAAACUUCAGAAAUACUCAAGCAAUCUCUUCAAGCCUUCAACUCCACAGUCACAGAACUUGAGGAUCUUCAAGCCACACGUCUAGAACUUGAAGAUGUAUUAACUGAUUAUUGUAAUAACGUGACUUCUUCCAAUCCAUCGAAUUUACAAGAAAACGUUUCAAAUAAUAAGACACUAAUGGAUGAGUUAACCAUGCUGCAACAACAGAUUGACAGCCUAUUAAGAUCAAAGCAGUAUCUCAAAGUGUUAGUUGUCGCCGAAGAAUUGAGUGCACGGACGAAACAGUUAAUUGAAAGAUCGCCUCACAAAGCCCUUAAUCCAUAUAUUCAACUUGCGAAUCUUCUGCAUAGCAUAAAAUCUAAGAGCAAUGGUGCUGGCCAUGUGGUCACUCAUUUGGACGUGUUUUUGCAACAAAGUGUGGAUGUACUUUGGGAAGACAUGAAAGAUAAAUUGAAAAA